UGACUUGAAAUUUAAACCGUUCACGGAGGAGUUGUCGGUUGGUUGUGGCUCUGUUGUUGGCCGGAGUUUGUUCUCCAUUUUCUAACAGUUUAGUGUAUUUGUGGUAUUCCUUGCAAUGGAUCAAGAAGAUAUGGAUCUUAGGGACUAUUGUAUUCUCGAGUCACAGCGGUUGGAAACGUUCAAAUCAUGGCCGUUUAAAGCAGAUGCCCCUUGUUGCGUUUCCAAGAUGGCUGAGGCCGGAUUUUAUUGGUGCGGCAACGAACAUGAAAUUGAUACGGUUGCUUGCUUUGUGUGUGGAAAAUCGCUUGACGGUUGGGACGCUAACGACGACCCGUGGGCGGAACAUAAGAAGCACGCGCCCCGAUGUGCAUUUGUGAAUUUGGGGCGAGCUGAAAAGGACUUGACCGUGGCAGAGUGGUUGGAACUCGUGAUUCAGAUCAAAACGUACCUCAUCAACAAACAGUACGACCAGAUGCGGAAAAAAGUAGUGAAAUAUUGCGAGAGGAAACGCGAGGAACUUAUCAAGUCAAUUAAGGGUUAAUCCCUUUUAACUAGUAAUUAAGACAAGCGAGAAUGUGUUUUUAUGGGAUGUUUGAUGAUAAAGGGUGUAUAAGCAGUUUGUAAUAGAAUAAAUUGCGAAAGAUCGUUAUUCAAUGUUA